AUGCGCUCCUCUCUCGCGCGCGUGUCGCGCCAGCUGUCGUCGCGCCAGCUCUCCACCAAGGUCGGCUUCGUGGGCCUCGGCGCCAUGGGCCGCCACAUGGCUGCCAACAUCGCGGCCUCGGGCACCCCCACCACGGUCUGGGACAUGUCGGGCGACGCCGUCGACUUCGCCGUGGGCAAGGGCUGCGCCGGCGCGGCCGACGCCGCCGGCGCCGUCGCCGGCGCCGACGUCGUCUUCACGUCGCUGCCGCGGAGCGUCGACGUCGAGGCGCUCGCGGACGCGCUCGUCGCCGCGGGCGCGCUCCCGAAGAACUGCGUCUGGGUCGACACGACGAGCGGCGUGCCCGACGUGUCGCAGCGCAUCUACGCCAAGGUCGCCGACGCCUGCGGCGCCAAGUUCCUCGACUGCGGCGUCGCGGGCGGCCCCAAGGGCGCGGAAGCGGGCGCGCUCGCGGCGAUGGUCGGCGGCGACGCGGACGCGCUCGAGACGGCGUCCCCCGUCAUGGCCCACGUCAUGGGCAAGGUCGUCCACGUGGGCCCCUCGGGCGCGGGCCACGCCGUCAAGUCCGUGAACAACACGCUCCUCGCGGCGCACAUCUGGGUCGCCUACGAGGGCCUCCUCACGCUGGCGAAGCUCGGCGUGCCCAUGGAGACGGCCCUCGCGGCCAUCAACGCGGCGUCGGGCCGGUCCCUCGUCACGGAGGAGCGCAUCCCGAACCACGUGCUCUCCCGCGAGUUCGACUUUGGGUUCGCGCUCGACCUCAUGCGCAAGGACAUCGGCAUCACCAUGGACACGCUCGACGCCAUCGACAUGCCCGCGCCGGCGCUCCGCGUCGUCAACGAGAUGUUCUGCAUGGGCGAGGCGAAGCUCGGGCCCAAGGCCGAGCACAUGGAGGUCGUCAAGGUCCUCGAGGACAUGUGCGGCGCGCAGAUCAAGAAGGCCGACUGA